GUGGCCACAGAAUACCUUAACCCAGCUGGAACUCUGAUCCGCAGGUCUGUCUUUGUGCUCUCUCCUGGACCAGGCGCUCAUUUGUUGUGACUUUAGAAUGUGUUGACUCUACUUCAACCCGUCCACAGGUCUUAAUAGACCGCCAGUUCUUCUUAGAGGACAGCAGAGGAUACCAGAGGCAUCUACUGGCUCUUCUGCCCCACUCAUCAAGUGCAGAGGAUGGGUCUACUUGUCAGAGGGGCAGCUCUCGCCCUGGUGGUCCAGCAGCUAGCCCUGACAGUCAUAGCACAGGGCAUUGUGUACGACCUGCUGGGUUCUCCGGACUGUCUGCCAGACCUGCUCCAGGGCAGCCUGAGGAACAACGGGAGGGACGAAGCCUUUAUCCUGUCCUCCUUCAAGCUGAACAGCAAGACCCCGACCACGCUGUUCAGCAUCAUCAACCCCAAUGAUAACACCAAGUACCUGGAGUUCAGCGUCCAGGCCAUGUUCAACAAAAUUGUCCUGCGCUACAUGAAGACCAACGGUGCGUACGACACGGCCAGCGCAAACGCCCCGGGCCUGGCGGACGGCCAGGAGCACCAUGUGAUGCUGCAGGCCAGCGGACUCCAGAACGGGCCCGCCCGCCUCAACAUCUACGUGGACUGCAGGCUGGUGUAUUAUGUGGACACGCUACCGGCCGCCUUCGGCUCUCUGCCCCGCAGCCCCAACAGUGUGGCCCUGAGGACCCUGCAGCCUAACGGACAGGAUUUAUUGACGGACCUGAAGCUGGUGAUAGAGGACACCAGGGCCAACGUGGCCACUCUGCAGGACUGCGGCACCCAUCAGCGGGGACACACCCCGCAGAUCAUGGCGGUCUCAGGAGGCAAGACCCUAGAGGACCUGGAAUCCUUACUGGAGCUCAAGACCAUGAUGGCAGAGAUGAAGACAAUAUUGAACCAGCAGAUCAAGGAGACCAUUUAUCUGAGGAACACCAUCGCAGAAUGCCUGGCUUGUGGUCUAGGGGAUGGUCCCACCCCAACAGGGUCAGGUACCCGCCCGGUCACACCACCCCAGCCUCACCCCCUCCAGCGAUGCCGACCGGGUACGUGCUUCACCCAGGACAUGUGUAUUCCCUCCCAGAACGGGGGCUUCAGCUGCGCCCCCUGUCCCGAAGGAUUCACAGGGGACGGGGUGCAGUGUGACGACGUGGACGAGUGUCGGUUCAAGCCGUGCUUCCCCGGCGUGCGCUGCAUGAACACGGCCCCUGGGUUCCGCUGUGAGGUCUGCCCUCUGGGAUACACCGGACCGGAGCUGACCGGAGUGGGAGUGGCCUACGCCCGCUCACACAAACAGGUGUGUGAUGAUAUAGACGAGUGUGAGGGAGUACUUGCGAACGGAGGCUGUACCCCAAACUCUCACUGCCACAACACUGUGGGCUCCUUCCGCUGUGGGGAGUGCAAGAGUGGCUUCAGUGGGGACCAGAAGCAGGGCUGCCUUGGACAAGGCUUCUGUUUGAACGGCCAACCCAACCCGUGCGACCCUAACGCUGACUGUGUGGUGGAGAGGGACGGCAGCAUCAGCUGUGUGUGUGGCAUCGGUUGGGCAGGGAAUGGAUUUGUGUGCGGAAAGGACACAGACAUCGAUGCGUUCCCCGAUGCCAAACUCAGGUGCAAGGACGACAGCUGUAACAUGGACAACUGCAUCUUUGUGCCAAACUCGGGCCAGGAGGACGCGGACCGAGACGGCCUCGGGAACGCUUGUGACGAUGACGCAGACAGCGACGGAAUUCUAAACAUAGACGACAACUGUUGGCUUGUCCCCAAUGAGGACCAGAGGAACAGUGAUAAGGACGCCCAUGGAGAUGCCUGUGACAACUGUCCCACCGUAGAGAACCCCACACAGAAGGACACAGACUCAGACGGCCCGGGGAACGAGUGCGACGAUGACAUCGACGGAGACGGCCUGAACAACGUUCUGGAUAACUGCCCGCUGGUCCCCAACGUCGACCAGGUGGACCGGGACAGGGACGGGGUCGGAGAUGUCUGUGACAGCUGCCCCGACAUGGUCAACCCCAACCAGGUGGACUCUGACCACGACCUGGUGGGGGACACGUGUGACGACAACAUAGACAGUGACGGGGACGGCCACCAGAACAACAUGGACAACUGCCCCACCGUCAUCAACUCGGCCCAGCUGGACACUGACAAGGACGGGAAGGGGGAUGAAUGCGACGACGAUGAUGACGACGAUGGCGUUCUGGAUGAUCAAGACAACUGUCGGCUGGUCUUCAACCCAGACCAGAAGGAAUACAGUUUUAAGGUGGGGUUGGCCUGUGCCGGAGACUUCGACAACGACACCAUCAUCGACAUCAUAGACACGUGUCCGGAGAACGCCGAGAUCACCCUGACCGACUUCAGGGCCUACCAGACGGUGGUGCUGGACCCCGAGGGCGACGCCCAGAUAGACCCCAACUGGGUGGUGCUCAACAGCGGCAUGGAGAUCGUUCAGACCAUGAACUCUGACCCAGGCCUCGCUGUUGGCUACACGGCGUUCAGCGGCGUGGACUUUGACGGCACGUUCCACGUGAACACGGUGACCGACGAUGACUACGCCGGGUUCAUCUUCGGCUACCAGGACUCCUCCUCCUUCUACGUGGUGAUGUGGAAGCAGACGGAGCAGACCUACUGGCAGGCUGUUCCCUUCAGAGCGGUGGCAGAGCCAGGGAUUCAGCUUAAGGCAGUCAAGUCCAAGACGGGUCCCGGGGAGUACCUGAGGAACUCCCUCUGGCACACGGGAGACACGGACGACCAGGUGCGGCUGCUGUGGAAGGACCCCAGGAACUCUGGCUGGAAGGACAAGGUGUCCUACCGCUGGUACCUCCAGCACCGGCCCCAGGUCGGCUACAUCAGGGUCCGUUUCUAUGAGGGCUCAACCCUGGUGGCGGACUCAGGCGUCACCAUCGACACCAGCAUGAGGGGCGGGAGACUGGGGGUGUUCUGCUUCUCCCAGGAGAACAUCAUCUGGUCCAACCUGAAGUACCGCUGUAACGACACUAUCCCUGCGGACUACCAGGAAAUCAACCGCCAGAGUGCGGAUUAAAUCCUGAGACAUUGACAUGCAGAUGGAAGACCAUUCAUUGCCUUAUUUAAACACAUGGCAUUCAUGUGUUUUGUGUUUGCUUCUACAGUUAUUCUAAUACGUCUCAAUACAGGUGGAUGUUAUAUGGGCAGAAGAUGCACCUCCUUGCAAGUGGGUUGAAGCACAGUAAAGGGAGUAAACGUGAAUUAACGUAAAAGUGAUUCACAGUGACUACAUACUAGAAAAGUAGCUUUUGGUAGUUUUUUACUCAACUACAGUGUUUGUAGAAUACAUAUAUAUGCUAUGUACUAAAUAUAUAUAACUAAAGUAAUAAAGCAUAUUUUAAGCAGGAAUGUAGAACUUUGGUAAUGUUGUACUUUUCCUAUCUAUUCUAAGGUUGUAUCUUUUUAUAUUUUUCACAAUAAAUAUUAGGACUUUGAAUACGACUUAAUAAAGUACGAGCAUUUGUUCAUUUUUGUUGAUUGAAAUGCUGGCAACACUCGGCUGAAUGGCUGUAAGCAGUGCCAUGUAGGACUGGGUGGAUGGCUUUAGGAUGAGGAUUCAUGCAAGAACGACGCAGAGGUAGUAAAUCAGACAGACGCUGUGCCAAAUCAGUGACUCCAUAGACCACACUCUUUAAAUGGUUUAAUUUGAACACUUGACGUUUAUUUGAAAUAGUUAGUUUGUGUUAUGAACAAAUGUGGGAAAAUAAAACCAGAGCAGUGUACAGCCGUUUCUUUUUGAUUCCUUCUGUACGAUUUUAUUCAAGUUUGAUAUGAGAACAAUAAGCACCGUUUGAUUUUGUACAUUUGUAUAAAGAUUUAAAACGAAACACAUGAAAAACAGCCCAAUAGUGGUUUUGACUAAGUAUUAGGAACACCGAGCAUCAUUCUUACUCCAAUUAUUUUACUGGAAAGGACACAAAUACAGCCAGAGUUCAUAUAAAUUAGUAUAAAACAGGUUUAUACAGUAGAAAAACAACACAACAGAACAUUUACUAUAUUUAUUGAAUGGAAAGCCUUUGCACUCGAAGUGUACAAUAAACUGUAACUCUGUACAACGAAACAAAUGAAAAAAUUGAUUUUAAUCAGUUAUUUUUGGUCAGCAAACUCAACAUCCAGUGUUGAAUAAAUCUGUGCACACUUGCUUACAAGUCCUCCCUACUACUGAAUUGGCCAAUAACUAAGAGCCGGCACAGAAAACAGAAAUGUAAGCUUAUAUGUAGGUCGAAGAUGUAUGUUAUUACCCUAUAUUGUAUAUGUGACUAUGUAUUUAACAGAAUAUAAUAUUGUAUUCUGAGCUCUAGCUUUGGCAAAUAUUUCUCAACCCUGACUGCGGCUUUUACAGACGGUCAAACCAACUGCUUCCUGUAUGGGGGGGGGGGGGGGUAGGAAAGAAACAGUGUGGACAAAAGUGGAAGUUUAACCGAAUAGCCGAUAAUUGAAGUAGUAAUUUAGUCUUGAAGAAAGAGCCAUAAUCGCAACGUGCUCAUACAUGAAAUGCAAUAUAGGUUGGUGAUUCAUUGGGACAUUUGUGUUUUAAAUAAAAACGAACUUGUUCAGUUGCAUAGAAAACGACUACAAAAAGGGUUAUGGAUAAAGCGAGCACAGACAAAGUCCAGUGGAUGUGAGCCUGAGAGAUGAGUUUUCAAACCAGUUUAAGGGACAAAAAUAAAAGAUUAAAGUGUCUCUACACCGACUUAAAAUCGAUAAUCAAUCUGAGCCCAACCAUAAAAGUGUAUUCCGACUUUGUCAGAGUGAUCAACUAAAAGGACUUGGGCUCUUCUAGACCAACUUUGCGGCCCAGAGAACUAUCCACAGGUAAGACUCACAGGAUAUGACGUUUCCGUGAAGCGUGGACAGGAGACAAAGUUGGAAAUAUCAAGAACUGUACAGCGCACACUGUCCCCCAAUUCUGUUCAACUCCAACCCUGCAUGUAACAAAACUCCAGAAGU